UUAUAAUUUAUACAAUAUUCUGUAAUAACAAAAAAAAGUUUUUAAACAAUUAUCGAAAUUUUACAACGGAAUACAAAAUGAACGCAUGCGUGAUUUUAUAGAUGUAAAAGUCAAGUGCUCAGGCGCAUUGGUUUCCUUUAAAUUAGAACGUCCAACAAAUUAAAUUAAUAUUUAACACAUCAUUCAUUAGUUCUUGAAAAUAAUAUACAUUAUCUAAAUGCGUAAUAUAUUGUAAAAGAAAAACAAUUAUACAAGAAAAUUUUUAAUUGAUAUUUCAUAAGAGAAGAAACAGAAGUUUCCAAAGGGCGGCGUUUAUUAUCGAUCGUAAUUGUGGGGUUUAGCCAGGAAUUGAGAGCAUGUGUAAUUUAACACUCAGAUGUUUGUAACACAAAACAUGCUCUAUCGAAUUUUCUAUGUCAUCAUUAAUAUUUUAACAUUAUUUCAAUUUUUAUCUGGUGAAACAAUUAUUACAAAAAAUGAAAAAUUACCGGACGUCGAAUUGGAGACGUGCGUCGAUAGUUUCGUUAUUCACAGGGAUAAAAUUAUUAGAACCUUGGACUCACAAGAAAUGGGAGCAAAAUAUUUAACAGAAAUUGAUGUAAACUCGGAAAAUGAGUGUAUCAAAUUUUGUUGUGUAACUGAUCAGUGUGAUGUAUUCAUUUUCGAGGAAAAAAAACCGGGGAGCUGUUAUCUUUUCCAUUGUGGUCCUCCUCAAGAUUUUAAAUGCAAAUUUACAGAUCAUGCUAAUUAUAGCAGCGCAGUACUUACAAAUUAUAAACCGCAGUCAGCUGUACAGUUAGAAGAGCAGAUUCAUAAAACUCCUGAACAUGAACUUAAAUCGCUCAGGAAGCAGAAUAAUCCAGGCCUUAAGGAAUAUUCCUACAACGAACCUCCGGCGAUUGCAGCUACGCAGAUAACGAAAACGUCCACCUUAACGAGUCCAGUACCUGUUAAAAUUGAAUGCAGUCGAAAUCAGUUUGAAUGUCGAACGACAGGCGAUUGUAUUGCAAUUUACAAUGUUUGCGAUGGAAUUCCCCAAUGUCCGGAUGGUUCUGACGAAGGAGCGGAACUUCAUUGUCCAACGGAAAAGCCAUCGCCAACAUCGCCGCCUGUGAUUGCUGCACAAAAACCGAUACUCCCCUCGUUACCCGAUGUUUUAAGAUAUCAACAAAUGCUUCAACAUCACAAAUCCUAUGCACCCAUGUACGGCCACGUGCAAGAAAGUAAUUCCAAAUCUUCGUGGCAACCUUCUGGAUCAAGUAAUCAAGGAAUACUUCCACAACAAAAUCUUCCUUAUUUAGUGGAUCAAGAAAAUCCUCCACAAUCGCAUGCCAAUUUUGAAUCGAAAAAUUAUCCUUGGAAUUAUCAACCAUACUAUGAUCAAAAUAAGGAUAAUUAUGGAGGAUAUAAUUAUCGUCAGCAGAACAAUCUUCCUGUUUAUGAACAACAAUCGCAUAUAUUCAAUCAUAAAAGACCGGGAGUUAUAGAAGAAAGUCCACAAGAUGGGGGAGUUUAUGCGGAUCAGAAUAGACCAUUUAUGCCGUAUUAUCAACAAUCUAAUCACGAGUCCUGGCAGGAAAAACAGUCUCCACCUCAACCUUCGGUUCCACAGCCUGAACAACACAUUGAAGCCGAAGUUUUGCAAGAAAAACCAAAAUUAACUACAACACCUCAACCUUGUAAAAUUUCCGAAAAGGAUACAAAUGUUACAAAAAGUGAUGACAAACAUGCAAUAAAGAGUAAUGCGAAAAAUACAAAAGUUGUAGAUAAAAAUCAAAAUAAUGAAGAUUUAUUGAAGACAAAACCAAUUGUCAAGGCUGAGACGAAUAUUAAAAUUAUUGAAAUUAAUAAGAACGAAGAUUCUAAAGUAGAUCAUAAGGUGUCAGAAGAACAAUUAAAGGAAACAAAAAAAGAAAGUUUGGUCGCUCAACAUUUUCGUCAUAAUAACAGUGUUAAUGAAAAUUUAAGACCAAAAGGUGCAGUAAUAUCCCUCGUUCUGGGAUUAUCAGUUUCUGCAGUUAUGGCUGUUUUGAUAGCUUGCAGAUUACGAGUUGUUAGAAGAAGAGGUCGUCGUGGUCAUGAACCAUUCGCCCAUGAUGCAGAUUAUUUAGUUAAUGGAAUGUAUCUUUAAUUAAAUAAAAAAAUUUAUAAAUAUUUUCAUACAUUAAAAAGUAACUGUUUCAUAUUUUAAAGGGAAAACUAUUUUUAACUGUCAAACUUGUUAAAAAAAAGAACAGUGCGAAUCAAAAGUUAAAUAUAAGGAAAUUUUUUCCUAUCAUUACGUUAGCUCAAUCAUCUGCUUCGUAUAUCAAUUUUUAAAUGUAUUAUUUUCCAUCAUUUGAUUUAAAACAAUUUUUUCAAAGAUCCAUUUGUAUAUUAAAAUAUAUUAAAGUUUUAUUGAAUUGUUAAAACAAUUCAAAUUCUCGUUGCACUUUAAGGCUAAAAAGUUAAU